AUAAAAAUUAUGAGGCUGAAGACGUUUAAGUCAUAAAGUAAAAAGUCAAAAGUCGUUAUAUUUUUCCUCAGUAACUAGUAAUACCGAGUGAUUAAUAAUUUAUCAGUAUAUAUUAUUAUAAUACUAAACUAUUGAUACAUAAAUAUAAUCAACUAAUUCUAUAAUAAAUUUGAUUGAAAGAAUUAAGUUUCACGUAUUUGUUGUUGUUUAACAACAUGGAAAUUGUAGGUUAUUCCCAUUCCCGGAAGCAUCAAGUAAUUUAUAAAUGGAAAAUUGAUGAAAUAAUUCCAUUUAUUGAGUCUACUGUAAACAGUGAUAAAGAGAGAGUAGAUCUCGACUCACCUAACUUUACUACAAAUGGGAAAAAUCAAAAUUCAUGGUACUUAGAACUGCAACUAUUGAGAGAAAAGGAAUGGAUAUCACUAUUUUUGUUUCGAAAAGAUGCGAAAGAUAAAGUAAGAAUAAAGUUUAAACUAUUUAUUUUAGACAGCAACAAUAGAAGAAAAUUUCUUGUAACUGCCUGUGAAAAUCGUGAUUUUAAAAAUGGAUGGGGAUUUUCUAAAUUUCUUGAAAUAAAAAAGUUAUUGGAUAACAAAGACGAUUUUUUACCAAAUAAUACUUUAACCAUGUGUAUUAAACUAACUGUUUACGACGAUUACAAAUCAUUUACUACUGAAUUUCCGUUGCAUACACCAGAGCGUCAAAUCACUGAUGACCUUAAAGAACUCUAUGGUAGUAAAAUGAACAGUGACGUUAUUUUAGUUGUGGGUGAUACAAAAUUUAAAGCUCACAAGAUCAUCCUGUCGGCUCGCAGUCCUGUAUUUCUUGCAAUGUUCACUCAUGAAAUGAAAGAAAAGAAGGAAAAUACUGUAACUAUUCCUGACAUAGAUCCGGAAAUAUUUGAAAAAAUUUUAGAAUUCAUAUAUACUGACAAUAUUGAUGAUUUAGAUGCAAAUGCUGAGUGCUUAUUAGAAUCGGCUAAUAAAUAUCAAUUGCUGAAGCUGAAAAGUUUAUGCGAAAAAUCGUUAUCUAAGUCAGCUAGUAUUGAUAAUGCAAUUCAAUUGAUGAUUUUAGCAGAUCUGUAUGAUGCUAAUCAAUUAUUUGAAUAUGUACUAGAAUUCAUAAUAAAAAGUAUCGAAGAUGUUAUUAAAACUCCAGAGUAUAGAGAACUGGAAGAAUCUUAUCCAUUACUAUUCUCAAAAUUAGUUAAAAAAUUAGUGACUUCCAUAAAGUUUGAGGAUUCAACAGAUGAAAAAUAAUUGGGAUAUUGUCCACAAAGUACUCAAUUAAUAAGAGAAUGGCAUUUAGUGGAAUAUUUACCUAAAAUAUUUGGAUAUUAUGAUUUGAAAACGACGAAUACUUAUUUUGCAAAUCUGAUAAUUAUUAUUUUUAGAAAGUAAGAUUUGAAUACUCAAGAUAGUUACUGUUUCUUAUUAUACUAUUUUUAAAUUAACGAUAAAAAUAUAAAUUACUGUACAAAUAUCUUUUCAUAUCUUUCAAUACUGAGUAAUGAUUGAUUUAAAUCAAUUAAGAUUUUUAUAUUUUUAUAUUAGUAUCCAAUGUAAGCGUAAGAAAUUCUUCAGUGAUGAUUAUGGACUGGUAGAAAUUUUUGUAUAGCUAAUUAUUAAAAAUAUAUCUUUAAACACAUUCUUUUGUUUAUAUAUAUUUCGUAAUAGUUUGUUUAAAGUCAAAGUUAAUGCAUAAAGUCAUCAAUAAUUUUUACUAGUAACUUUAGCGGGGACAGAUUGUUUCGUUUAUUCUAAAUUUAUAAGUGUAGUAAAAAUAAAUUACUUACCUGUAAUAAGUCUUUUCAAAAUAAUUAUUCAAUUUGUUUUUAUCAUUAAAAAAUUAUUAAAAUUAAUUUGUUGUAAUUUCCUCAGAAAAACUCAGUUCUAAAAUUCUAAAGACUUUUUCAAAGUUUUUCAGAAAAAAGUCCGAAAAAUUUCCACCAGGGUAAGAAAAGGCUGAAAGAUAAAACUUUAGACUCUUGGUGGUAAAAAAAUAAUUAUCUUCAGAAGUAAUAUACUAGUGGAAAUCAUUAGAUAAUUAUUUUCAGUACUAAGUCUUUUCAAAAUUACUAUUCGAUCUGAUUCGUUAUCAAUUAAUUAAUAAAAUUAAUUCAUUAUAAUUCAAAAAUCGCGCAAAAUUUUAUUAC